GGGAGUUUCCCACACCUCCCCAGAGAAGAGCUGUGGGCGCAGUUUUCAGUUCAGCAGAGAAGCAGGACCGGGAGCCAGCCUGGUCCCAGCUCUGGCUCUCUGCCUCUCCACGUGUCCGUGGCCUCCCCAGCCUGGUGCUAAGCAGUGUCAUGAGUCUGGGCCUGGUGGGAGAUUAACUCUUGGGUGUGGGAUCACUUCAGGGCAGGGAAGGAGGGGGGAUGACAGGUCCAAGGUCACCAACAGAGAGGGGCAGCUGCCAUCCUUGACCGAUCUGUCCCCUCUUGAGAAUCCACAACAAAGGUAGUGAGGAACCCCAGCUGGACUAGAUGGCCAAGAAGAGGGCCCGGGCACUGCCGGCCUGUGCCAAGCGCUGGCUUCAGCCCGCAGGCUCCAGCUCCCCCAGCCUGUCCUCCCCGCCCUCCCCCACCCCACAUGCACUUAAUACUCUGGCACCCAGUCCACCUGCUGUGGACUUGGCCUUAGCUGUAGCUAGUGUGGAAGCCUGGGAAGACCGGGAGCAGAGUUUCUCAAGCAAAGCAAAAGCAGCGGCGUCAGGUGUUGCAGUACCUGCUAGCUUUCCCCGCAGGAGCCUCGGCUGCCACCUGCAGGUCGUUUGGGCUCCGGCCAUGUGGCUGCCUCUGCUGCUGGGAGUCUUGCUCUGGGCAGCGCUCUGGUUGCUCAGGGACCGGCAGAGCCUGCCAGCCAGCGAUGCUUUCGUCUUCAUCACCGGCUGUGACUCGGGCUUCGGGCGACUCCUGGCACUGAGGCUGGACCAGAGAGGCUUCCGGGUCCUGGCCAGCUGCCUGACCCCCUCAGGGGCAGAGGACCUACAGCGGGUGGCCUCCUCCCGCCUCCACACCACCUUGCUGGAUGUCACUGAUCCCCAGAGUGUCCAGCGUGCAGCCAAGUGGGUGGAAACACAUGUUGGGGAAGCAGGGCUUUUUGGUCUGGUGAACAAUGCUGGUGUGACUGGUAUCAUCGGGCCCACACCUUGGCAGACACGGGAGGAUUUCCUUCCGGUGCUGAAUGUGAACACACUGGGUCCCAUCGGGGUCACCCUUGCCCUGCUGCCCCUGCUGCGUCAGGCCCGGGGCCGGGUGGUCAACAUCACCAGCGUCCUGGGUCGCCUGGCAGCCAAUGGAGGGGGCUACUGUGUCUCUAAGUUCGCCCUGGAGGCCUUCUCUGACAGCCUGAGGCGGGACGUGGCUCCUUUUGGGGUACGAGUCUCCAUCGUGGAGCCUGGCUUCUUCCGAACCCCUGUGACAAACCUGGAAAGUUUAGAAGACACCCUACAGGCCUGCUGGGCACGGCUACCUCCAGCCACAAAGGCCCUCUACGGAGAGGCCUUCCUCACCAAGUACCUGAAAGCGCAGCAGCGCGUCAUGAACCUGAUCUGUGACCCAGACCUGACCAAGGUGAGCAGGUGCCUGGAGCACGCCCUGACUGCCCGUCACCCCAGAACCCGCUACAGCCCAGGCUGGGACGCCAAGCUGCUCUGGCUGCCCGCCUCCUACCUGCCAGCCAGCCUGGUGGAUGCUGUGCUCACCUGGGUCCUUCCCAAGCCUGCUCAGGCGGUCUCCUGAAUCUAGCCCUCCUGCAAGAGAUUGUUUUUCAAAGCAAGGACUUUGAUUUAUUUCUGUCCCCACCCUGUUACUGUCUGGUGCCUGGCACAAAACAGCCACUCAAUAAAUGUGUAUUAUUCGAAACAAAACAGAAA